AUGCCUAUCUUCGCCCCUGCGUUCGGGUCCUUCGGCGACAUCGUCAUGCUCACGAAGGCUGUUUACAAGAUCGCCACCACUCUCGCGCAUAUCAUCGGACAAGGCGCACCGUCGGGUUUCGUGGAUCUGAUCAAGGAGCUUGACAAUCUCGGGAGGGAAAUUGAGAGAGCAGCCGCGAUAGUCGAGACGCAGAAAGUUAUGACUGAGUCAGGCUUGUCACCUGAGCAUCUGAAGCAACUCGAAGACCAGCUUGUGGAUACUCAGAAAGCUGUCAAGACUAUUGAGGAGGAAAUCAAGAAAGUGCAUACCAAGUUCGAGACGCCAACCGCCAACUUGGGUCUUGUCGGGAAAGGAGGGUCUGCGAUGUAUAAGUUUGGAUACUCCGUCUUCAGGCACGAUCAGGUCAGUAAAUGGAACAAAGAGGUAACCAAACAUUACGAGGAUUUGCAAGGAAUACUGAACAUUCUGACGCGAUCUAUGAAUGACAGGCUAGGUCCAGAAGCUGGACAGCCUGACCCUGCAGAGCAAGAACAGGAGAUAUUUAAAUCGGACCGUGGCAUGGUUCUCUUCGAAGAUCCUCAAGGGCGAAAAAUACCCCUUGACUGGGCAAAACGACGUGACGUCCUUCGGCUCUGGUAUAGGAGAUCGCCGAAAUACCGACAGAAGGUCGAGCGAAACGAGUACAAACUCGUCUACCCAGACAACACGAACCCGAACCUCGAUGACGAGAAGGAUGAGUGCAAAGUCGAGGUCGGCGCGCACGUCAAGCUCGUCUGGCUGCCGCAUCGAAAAAUCAAGCCGAAGCCCUUCACAUACAAAGUUGUCUACGUUCCAGGCUACGAUCAUGUGCCGCCAGAAUACCAACAGCUCCCACCGAGCCCGCCCAUCUCCGAACCGGACUCAGAGCCACUGCCGUCGGAGGAUGAACCUGAGCCGGACCCAAAACCGCCCACUAUAAUCCAAAUCCGAGAAUUCCGGAUCGAAGAUACGUUUGCGCGCUUGGAGGGAGCAUCCGCUAGCAUACGGGAGGGCCGAGCCUCCGUCGUGCCUUUGGAACCUGAGCAACAGGAGCUCCCAUUUGCUGGGCCGUCUUCACUGUCACACACGGAAACUCGAAAUCUGCCGUUGGUCGAGGAGGAUGGCGGAAUUGAAAUGGUGGCUCUAGGUGGCCACCGCGCAUCGUCUUGA